AUGAGUUUUUUAGAAAACCCAUUUGCCGAAGAAGAGGAAGAGGCGGUGCCGGACACACCAUUUGGAAACUAUGAUGUUGUGCAGCGCGAGAGCAAAUAUAAUGCGCUUAUUUUAUCCGAAUCCAGCCUUGGAAAUCGCCGUCGAGAGGUGGAGGAGGGGCACCUUGCGGAGCUCCACACCUUGGUUGAGCGGAAUAUCAAUCUACGAAACCAACUGAGCGACCUUUCUGAAAUACUCACUCGUCGUGAUCCACCACCGCACUUUUCAGAGGCAACUGGUUUUGGGUUUGACGGCCCGCAACCUAUUCUCGAGGUCCUACAGCGACGCGUUCAGGAAGGGGAGAUGACGACGACGCAAAAUUCGGCUUCUGCAGAGUUCGACGCCACGAUCCCGUUGGAUAGGCUUUUGCAUUCCCCCCACGAUCAAGCGAAGGAUCCUUUACGGUCUCUUGACGAGGGCGUUUUGGAAGACCUUGAAGAGGGUCCUGCAGAGGCCGCGCCUUUGCCUUUCGACGCGACGAGGCUUCAGCACUUGGUAGAGGUUCUCGUUGAGGAUGCUAAUCGUACUCGAGAGACUGGUGUGAAAAACGCGGAGGGCGAUCUGAUCUACAGCUUUAUCAAUUAUAUUCAAAGCGAACUUCAACAGUACAUGAACCUUUGCUUGAGUGUGAACACUCGAGAGGCCUCGAUUCAGGACAAAAUAGGUGUUGUUAGACAGUUGAAAAAGGAAGGUGCUCUGCGCUUAGCUAAGUUAGUUACAAAAUUGCCUGUUCGAUCUUCUUUAUUUUCCUCCGAGUAUGCUUUGGCGUAUUUGGCGAAUAACGAUUUAUCUGAGGAAAUCAAGCGCCUAGAAGUUGUUGUGGCAUUGCUUCUUAGGAAUGUAUCCAUCAAACAAAAAGCUUUCGAGUACGGCGAUAUUGCCAGACGCUUCAGAGCGGAGCAGAGCCAAGAAGAACUCCGGCAAGAAAACGACGAGAUCGGGCGUGAGGUACUUUUUCUACGUAAGCUUCUGUCGUCCAGUGAUACUGAAGAAAACUUCACGCCGCCUGCUUCUUUGGAAGAUAAACCCACCGAUUGUUCGUUAGGGGAGCAAACGGCAACGGAAAAAAUGCAGAAAUUUAUCACUACUAUCAUCUCGAGAAUCCAGCAAGUGGAGACGAUGUUGAAAGAACAUGAUUCUGAUAAAAAUGAAGAUACGCUUUGUACUUUAUCAGAUACCCUGGCAGAGAUCUACGUAAAGACGCUCGAGAGGGUCGUGCGGGUUCAAAAUUCGUGUUUGAGGGUUUUUACAGCAUUAAAUGCGGACCUUGAGGUUCGCGCGUCAAGGGCCUUGCUUCUCACGCAGCUUGUACUUCACAACGGGGGCUUUGAAAAUCACAUGGUGGAGGCCGUUUUGGAUCUACCCUCGCAGGAUCUAGGUGCCUUUCCAAAUCAAGAAGUUUCGGAUUACUUCACCGGAAAUGAUAACGAAAAGUUCUUUUUUCAGUUUCAGGCGGACUUGGAAAAAAUUUUAUCUUCCACCAAGCGCCAUUUUAAUAGACAGAUCGCUUUAGGAAAUAAGGUUCAACAUUUGGUGCUUCAACAACUUCUCAAAGACAUUGCUGAGGGUCCCCUGAAGGAAAAUUUAGGUAUUCCCGUUUCCGAUUCAUCCGGAUCUCUUCCGCGCAUUGUUUUAAAGGAAGACAUCCGGAAGUCCGUGGAUGCGGAGCUGGAGGCCGCGAGCGAAGCGGAGGAUCGUCUUAUGGCGGAUAUUUCCGCCUCUCUUGAGGAGCGGCGGGCUGAUUCAGUCAAGAAGCUAAGGUGGGUUAACCAGCAGAGCUAUACUCAAUCACUAAGGCAGUUAUUUGCGUUGGUGAAGGAAAACAACGCCCUUGAGGGCCAAUUGCGUGAGGAGCAGGAGACGCUGGAGGACGAGCGGGCUAUGGAACCGGAUUUGGGAUCACUCGAAUCACGCCUGCAAGAGGCUCAACUGGAGGUGAAGACCUUGGAGGCGGAAGAGAAGGGCCUUAUCGAAGAAAUUCUAGCCUUACAAGGUACUUUUACAUCUUGA